GGCACCACUUCCAACUGUACAGUUAUGGAGAAGUGUAUGUACGUUGUAAUUGAGAGCGGGCGUUUCCUCGAAGUCGCUGUACUUGUUAGUUCGCAGUUGAAGAAGAGGUAUAUUCAUCAGGUCUUGAAUUUCGUAUCCACAGUUAAUUAUUAUGUACUAGUCAUGAAGUUUCCAAAACUGUCACUUCUGGCGCUAGCCUCGAUCUCCUCGAAGCGAACAGUCUCAAUAUUUUUAGCCAAUCAAACGACGAGUUAUGUAUCAAGGCAAUGUCUCAUGCUCUUUUUAUUAACAACAAGUAUUCAUAAAAAAAAAAGAAAAAUUAAUAAAAGAAAAAAAAAAUUAAAAAAUCCUGAGAACAGAACUAGUUAA